AUGUCCGAUUCGAUUUACGCCCCACAUAAUAAGCACAAGCUCGAGGCAGCGCGAGCCGCUGAUGCUGCCGCCGAUGAUGCCGCCACCGUCAGCGCCCUCGUCGAGCCGACCGACUCCACUGCGCAGGCAAGUCACGCUGCGGAGCAAACCAUUGAUGCGCAUCAGCAAGCAGGUGACGUCGAACCUGAACGAUGCCAUCCUCACCUCACUCGCCCCUUGCUCUACCUUAGCGGUGUCGAUGCCACCAUGACUGACAAGGAGCUCGCCGGCCUUGUCUUUGAUCAAGUACUCCCCGUCCGGCUCAAAAUUGACCGCACCGUGGGCGAGGGCCAGACAGCCAGCGGCACCGUCGAGUUCCAGACGCUGGAUAAGGCCGAGAAGGCUUAUGCUACCGUUCGUCCUCCGAUCCAGCUGCGCAUCAACCAGGACGCCUCCAUCAGAGAGCCGCACCCCUCGGCCAAACCACGUCUUGUCAAGCAGCUGCCACCUACAUCGGACGACGCGUUCGUAUACGACCUCUUCCGUCCUUUCGGUCCGCUCCGACGAGCUCAGUGUCUGCUCACCAAUCCAGCCGGCAUUCACACCGGCUUCAAGGGUAUGGCCGUGCUUGAAUUCUACUCUGAACAAGACGCCCAGCGUGCCGAAUCCGAGAUGCACUGCAGCGAAGUCGGCGGCAAGUCGAUCUCUGUUGCCAUUGAUACCGCUACGCGCAAGGUCAGCGCUGCUGCAGCCGAGUUCCGUCCCUCGGCUGCUGCAUUCGUUCCAGCGGGCAGCAUGAGUCCGUCAGCUCCGUCCUUUGACCCUUACCCUGCUGGCUCUCGUUCCGUUUCGACAGGCUCAGCCGCUUCCAUCUACGCAACUUCUGGCGCCGCUCCGACUCACGAUACCCGCAACGGUGCUCAGAAGGGAGCGCGUGUUCCGCUCCAGUAUUCGAGCCAAGCAUCUACGUAUGUCGACCCUUGCAACCUCUUCAUCAAGAACCUCGACCCCAACAUGGAAUCCAAUGACCUCUUCGACACCUUCAAAAGGUUUGGCCACAUCGUCUCUGCACGCGUCAUGCGCGACGAUAACGGCAAGAGCAGAGAAUUUGGGUUUGUCAGCUUCACCACUCCUGACGAAGCGCAACAAGCUCUACAAGCAAUGGACAAUGCCAAACUUGGCACCAAAAAGAUCAUUGUCCGUCUGCACGAGCCCAAGACGAUGCGUCAGGAGAAGCUCGCAGCGCGUUACAACGCUGCCAAUGCCGAUAACAGUGACAUGAGCAGCAACAGUCCGCCCACAGAGGCUCGCAAAGCCGACAAGCGUCAAAGCAGAAGCUACUUCAAAGCAGGUGUGCCUUCGGAUGCCAGCGGUCUUGUAGACGAAGAGCAAUUGCGCUCGCUCAGCACUGUCGUGAGAAACGAGCUCUUGUCUGGCGAAUUUACACGAAGAAUCCCCAAGGUUUCCUCGGUCACCGAGGCGCAGUUGGACGACGUUGUAGGCGAGCUGCUCAGUCUCAAGCUUGCUGAUGCCGUCGAGGCGCUCAAUAACCCAAUUUCGCUUAUUCAAAGGAUCAGCGAUGCUCGCGAGCAGCUUGCACAGAAGUCUGCCUCCACUCUGACGGCUCCGAGUCCGGCGCCACUGUCUGCUGAACACCCAGCUAUGCUCGGUAUUCAGGCUCAGCGUAGCGUAUCAAGCGCAUCUUCGACCGGCGAAGGAGGUGCGUCGGUCAAGGAGAGGGAGAGGCUACUCAAGGCUGUCAUCUCCGUCACCGAAAGUGGUGCCCCCGUUGAGGACAUCACCGACAUGAUCGCAAGCCUGCCAAAGAAGGAUCGUGCCCUUGCGCUCUUCAAUCCAGAGUUUCUCAAGCAAAAAGUGGACGAAGCCAAGGACAUUCUCGACAUCACCGACGAAAGUGGCGAAGAUCUUUCGCCUCCUCGUGCUUCCAGUGGGAGCGCUCCGGUGCCAUUGUCAGUGCAGACGCCUGCUUCUGCUAUUUUCAAAGAUGCCAGCAACGGCCAGAGCUCCAUCUCGCCUGGCGCUGCUGAGGCUUACACAUUAUCCACGCUUGCUGCGCUUCCUGCAGCCGAGAUUGUGCGCUUGGCCAACUCCCAAUCCAGCUCCGGUCUGCCUCUCCCUAAAGCGGAUCCAGCGACGGUCAAGGCAACCGACGAUUUCAUCGACUCGCUUCAGGGCAAAGCAGCGCACGAUCAGAAGCAGAAGCUGGGUGAUCAGCUCUUCAAAAAGAUCCGUACGUUCGGCGUCAAAGGCGCACCCAAGCUCACCAUCCACUUGUUGGAUUCCGAAGACUUGCGGGCGCUGGCGCAUCUCAUGAACUCGUACGAGGACGUGCUCAAGGAAAAAGUUCAGCACAAGGUUGCUGCAGGUCUGAACAAGUGA